GCGCGAUUGCGGGAGGCUGGUGCUGGGAAGUUUGUUGCCAAGUUUCCUAACUUUUUUAACAAGGGCGAUAUCGAGCCUGCUGCUCGGUUGACCAGAGUCCGCGUUCUUGGUGCUGACCAAAAGAAAAGCGGAUUCUGGGGACGAGAUUGUAACUAGGGGAAUGAGUAUCAUCGAUAUGCGAUAAGGAACAAUGAUGCCCUGAGCGACUGUUUCUGUAACUGUUUCUAAGUAACGAAUGUUUGAACGAGUCAUCCUGGCUAAAGGUCAAUAACUUACGGAGUUUUCAUGUUUUCAUGCAAUCAGCAGGAGCGAUUUACAUUUAGUGUCACUUUUAAUACACGAUCUCAAGUUCCCCUCCCCGGCCAAAAUCCCAUUUCUCCCUGCAUGCCCCGCAGCCCAAUCUUCCCCAAGCCCCCCGCUACUCCGCGCCUGUGGCGGCAAAGGUUACCAAGCCUAACACGUCAGAGAGGUUCUUUCAAAAUCCGAACACGAUGGCUGACCAGAAAUAUGUUGUCUAAUUUUCGUAGUGAUAAAUAUAGAGUCUACUGAUUACUCAGAUGCCUAUGACUUCACUACCAUUAAAUGGCCUUUUACAGUAUAGUGUAAAUCUGGAGAUCGCUUCGAAAAACAAGUCCCUCAGGAAGAGAGUGAAGAGCGCCACUAAAGGCGACGAAGAAAAUCAAAGUUCAAAAAUGGUUCCGAAAAUCGCGGUCGUUUUGAACGACGAAGAAGACAUAAACGAUGAUGGCUUUGGACAAAGACAUAAUAUGUCGAAUACAUGGACCGAAAAAGAUGACGUUGAAUUUAACGAGGGAACAAUUCGAAACAAGCAUAACGGCGACAUUGCUGCAACACACGGAAUACUAAAUGGUGACGUUUUUCCGAGCUCCGAUCAACGUAGCCCGUUGCUGGGUGAACACAACGACGAUGAACUUCAAACUGAAAUAGCAGAAACAGGAGAUACUAGAUUUGAGGAAGGAUCUUUUAGUAUUGGGUUACAGGUUUUCUUUCCUUUUCUAAUUGCUGGCUUCGGGACCGUGUCGGCUGGUAUACUGCUUGAUGUUGUUCAGCAUUGGCAAGUUUACAAAGACAUUUCAGAAAUUUUCAUUUUGGUUCCUGCUCUGCUUGGACUGAAAGGAAAUCUAGAAAUGACAUUAGCAUCACGACUUUCGACUGCUGCUAAUGUUGGAAGCAUGGAUUGUGCCAAAAGGCAGUGGAAAUUAAUAGGAGGAAAUCUAGCAUUAGUGCAGGUUCAAGCUACUGUAGUUGGAGCCUUGGCAGCAUUUGCAGCUGUGACAAUGGGAUGGGUUCUUGAUGGGGAAUUCAACAUUCAUCAUGCUACACUCCUUUGUGCAAGCAGCUUGGUUACAGCAUCACUAGCAAGCUUCAUUCUCGGCUCUGUGAUGGUCGCAGUUGUGCUUUGUUCGAGGAAGUGUAACAUUAAUCCUGACAAUGUAGCUACACCCAUUGCCGCCAGUCUUGGAGAUCUUACCACACUAGCACUUUUGUCUGCAAUCAGCAGAUUUUUGCACAGCUGUAUUGAUUCUGAAGCUGGCACACAUCACUGGAUUGCACCUGUCAUAAGCUUGUGUUUCUUUCUGGUUCUUCCUCUGUGGGUCUACAUCACGCACAACAAUACCUUCACUCAUGACGUCUUGUAUACUGGCUGGACACCAGUUCUCAGUGCCAUGGUGAUCAGCAGUACUGGAGGUCUAAUUCUUGAUUAUGCUGUGGCAAAAUACCAUGGAAUAGCAGUCUUCAGCCCAGUUAUGAAUGGUGUGGGUGGUAAUUUGGUCGCUGUCCAGGCCAGUCGAUUGUCCACUGGUCUACAUCAACUCGGUAAACCUGGAGAACUUCAGGAGUCUAGUAAAUUUCAUGGCUGCAUCGACACAUUUUUCGGCUCAGGAUUGCAUGCUCGUACAACGCGAGUGCUGUUGUUUAUGGUGAUUCCAGGAAAUCUGACAUUCUUAUACACAAUCCGUGUUCUUCAAGCUGGACAUACCACACUUACUCUUAUCUUUACAUCAGGGUAUCUACUGGCUGGACUCAUCCAGGUGGCUAUUCUCCUUCUGACUGCUAAUUGGCUGGUUCACUGGAUGUGGAAACGAGGCAAAGAUCCCGACAACUACUGCAUUCCUUACCUAACAGCACUGGGUGACUUACUCGGCACCGGGCUCCUGGCCGGGUCAUUCCAUCUUCUGUGGCUCAUCGGAGACCGCGAUGCUGACGUGGGGGACUAGCGGUUUCAUCUUUAAAUAGUACCUAAAAUAAGCU